UCACUACAGAGAAGCAACCAACUCAUCACUCACCAGAGAGGAAUAUAAAAAAUACCCAUAUUGCUGCUUAAGUUGUCUGCUUCUUUUUGAACCUCGAUCAUGGGGACUGUAACCAACGCAGCGACCGCCGCUGCAAGCACUGUCCAGCGAGCCAUUUUCGGUAGCCGGGCUGCCCGCGAUGAGAGCACUUCUCAUGACGAUGACCCUCAACAUAUUGGCAGAAGCACUGCAGAGGCCAGCACAGUCAUCGACGAACCCCACCAAUCUCGCGAGACCACUACCGACUCCGACCCUUUUCGUCAUUCCACGGAUGCACCGGAACAUGACACCUCUUUCCCAUACAGCCAGCGUGAUAGGAAUGAGCUGAGUGCCGGUUCUACAGAGUAUAAUACCAAUUCCUCGGCUUUCAGCGAGGACCUGCCCGAGGCCGCAGAUCAUAAGCCUAACAACCCGCCCACCGGCGACGCGGAUAAUGUCAGUAGUCUUGGUGGGAAGGAUGCUUUGAAGGUGCAUCAUGGGGAGCUAGGGAAUCGAAGCACUCUCGGAGGGACAGAGUCGGGGAGCACGCGUAAUCACUCGGCACCACUGGGCAAGACUGAGCUUGGAACCAAAUGGCUCAGCAAUCAACCCUCCGGUGGCUUGGGAAAGCCUGAGCUUGGGAAGAUGGAGCCGGUGAAGGACAACCACUCCGCCGAUGGAAUUUCGCUUGGGAAGACCGAGAAUAACAGCACGGACUUAGGAAAGGCUGAAGGCAAAACGGAGUUUGGUAAAACAGAAUUUGCCAAAUCUGCGCAAAGCAAGACUGAGCUUGGUAACUUUUCCGACCAUUCAACCAACUCUAACCGUAACGCCAAUACCUCUGAUUCUCUCGCUGGCGAUAGCGGGAGAAAGGAGCUCGAACCCGGCCACGGAACCGGAAUUCCUCACACAUCUGACUUGAAUGCCAGCUCCAAGCUCGGUUCCGACUUUAUUAGCAAGCCAAUUUCUACGAACGAAACCGCUGGGCAAUCACACCUAUCUCGGCCUUCAGCUGCUUCGACCACCGACGAAGCCCCAAGAAUUGUGGCGGGGGUGAUUGGAGGAGGGCCAGGAGCAGCAAUCGAACCUUCGGCCGGUGCUCAACCAACUCACGAGCAACAGAGUACCGACAAGUCCCUCGAGGAGCCUUCCAGUUCCGGUGAUUGCUCCAGUGCUGCUGCUCCCAAUAUGGGUGGUCUGAAGCCCCUCGGUAGUGGCAUGAAGCUUGAUAACGGAAGCCACGGCGAAGGAACUGGCGAAAAGUACGAGAAGUCCACUGGGCUAGCAGCUGACGGUGGUGACUUUGACGCUACCCGUCCCGGUGCUGGGAGGGAAGCAGACCGUCUUCUAGAAGAAAAGGGUAUUCAUAGAGCUGCGAGAGGUUCCACCAACCUGGAGGAGGAGAGGGCUAAGAAGCGCCAUGGCCUCCAUGAUAAGGCCCCAGGUGAAUCUCAGGGAUCUGGUAGUGAACAUAAGGGGCUCACAACAAAGAUCAAGGAGAAACUUCACUUUGGUCACCAUUAAAAUUUAAUCAAACCCCUCACGGACAAGCGAUUGAUGAAUAAGGGCAAUCGCUCGUUUUAUUUAUUUUUGAUGUCUUUUUUUUCUCCUGUACUUUUACGGUGGCUAUUCUCACUAGUAGUAUCAUGAUUCAUGAUUGCUGGGGUCUUGCUUUAAACAAAGUUUGAUGGCAACUAACUGCCUUGGAAAAAGCCGGAUUUCCUGUAAUAAGCUUGAUCCAGUUCCGCC